AUGCAUCCGAUAUCUUGGAUCACGGUCCUAACCCUUUCGCAUUUGUCGCUAAACGUUCAAGGCAAAAGUCUGUGGUCUACUCAACCGGCAGUCUACCAGGAUCUUAUUAGGACAGCCUAUCCUAUAGGAAAUGGUCAAUUAGCUGCACUUCCAUUUGGUACGCCAGGUUCCGAAAAACUUAAUCUCAAUAGAGAUUCAUUAUGGAAUGGUGGACCCUUCGAGGACGCCAACUACAUUGGCGGUAAUCCAAACUCCUCGGUUUCUUCCUCAUUAUCAGGCAUUAGAGAUUUUAUCUUUCAGAACGGCACUGGAAAUGUUACUGCCUUGAUGGGUUCAGAUGACAAUUAUGGAAGUUACCAAGUCCUAGGAAAUUUAUCCGUGUCAUUACAGGGCAUUUCGGGAGCUACGGAAUAUAAACGAAGUCUCGAUUUGACUACUGGAAUUCAUACUACUACUUUCAAGACUGCAAAUGCUUCUUAUACUACUACUGUAUUUUGCUCCUACCCAGAUAGUGUAUGCGUUUACCAAGUCAGCUCAACAACUACUCUACCUAAAAUCGAUGUUCUCUUCGAUAAUGUAUUAACUGAUAGCUCUUUGAUCAAGUCAUCUUGUUCGAAAUCUUCAAAGUCGGCUCUAUUCAGUGGUAUCACUCAAGCUGAUAUAGGCUUGAUUUACAAGGCUGAGGCUCGAGUACUUGAAUCCACGAAAUCAGUGUCCUGUUCCAAUACCACAGGUACUCUCAGCAUAACACCAUCUCGUGAUCAAAAGUCCCUGUCUUUAGUCAUCUCGGCUGGUACAAACUAUGAUGCUACAAAAGGUACAGCUGCAGAUAAUUACUCAUUCAAAGGGAUAGAUCCGGGCGCCUACAUUUCCUCUAACAUUGCAAAGGCUGCUUCGAAAACUGUUAAAACCCUCCGGAAUAACCAUAUAUCUGAUUUCUCCGCUCUAAUGAAUACUUUCACACUCAAUCUUCCCGAUCCUCUCGGAUCAGCAAACAAGGAAACUGCCUCUGUAAUUGCUGCAUACAAUACUACAGACAACACUCAUACCGAUCCCUGGUUCGAAAGUCUUUUAUUCGAUUAUAGUCGUUAUCUCUUCAUCUCCUCAUCACGAGAUAAUUCUCUCCCGCCCAAUCUCCAAGGAAAAUGGGCAUAUGGUCUAUCUAACGCCUGGGGUGCAGAUUAUCACGCCAACAUCAAUAUUCAAAUGAACCAAUGGGGAGCCGUCCAAACCGGUCUCGGAGACUUGCAAUCCGCAUUAUGGACAUACAUGAGCGAAACAUGGGCACCGCGCGGAGCAGAAACUGCAAAACUUUUAUACAAUGCACCGGGAUGGGUAUUCCAUGAUGAAAUAAAUAUUUUUGGACAUACGGGGAUGAAAACGGGAGAUGAGUAUUGGGCUGAUUAUCCGGCGGCGGCGUCUUGGUUGAUGCAACAUGUGGCUGAUUAUUAUGAUUACUCGCGAGAUGAAAAUUGGUUGAGGGAAACGGGAUAUCCGUUGUUGAAAGCUGUGUCGGAAUUUUGGCUUAGCCAAUUGCAGAAGGAUGAGUAUUUCAAUGAUGGGACAUUGGUUGUUAAUCCUUGUUCUUCGCCUGAACAUGGUCCUACCACAUUCGGCUGUACACAUUACCAACAACUAAUCCACUCCCUCUUCACCACCGCUCUCCAAGCAGCGCGGACCCUCUACCUCGACAGCACACUCCAAAAAUCCCUCACCACCUCCCUCUCUUCCCUCGACAAAGGUCUCCACAUCUCCCCCACGACCCAAAUCCAAGAAUGGAAAAUCUACUUCCCGAGCUACGAAAACACCACGCAUCGCCACCUCUCCAAUCUAAUCGGCUGGUUCCCCAGCUCCUCUCUCUCCUCCUAUCUCUCCGGCUACACCAACUCUACCAUCUCCACCGCCGUCCGCAACACGCUUAUCUCGCGUGGACCGGGAAUCAUCGAUUCCAACGCGGGCUGGGAAAAAGUAUGGCGAAGCGCUUGUUGGGCACGAUUAAACGAUACGGACACUGCGUAUGCGGAGUUGCGAUUGACGAUUCAGGAGAAUAUCGCGGGGAAUGCGUUGAGUAUGUAUAGUGGGAAGAAUGAACCGUUUCAGAUUGAUGCGAAUUUUGGGUAUGGGGGUGCGGUGUUGAGUAUGUUGGUUGUGGAUUUGCCGGUUGGGGUUGAUGAUAAGGGGGGAGUGAGAACGGUGGUGUUGGGUCCGGCUAUUCCUGGGGUUUGGGGGGAGGGGAGUGUGAAGGGGUUGAGGGUUAGAGGGGGGGGAGUGCUGGAUUUUAAAUGGGAUGGUGAGGGGAUUGUGGCGAGUGCGACGUGGAAGAUGAAGGGAGUGGAAAGUGUGAGGAUUGUGAAUAUCAGGGGAAAAGUACUUGCAUAG